AUGCGUUUCAGUCUCAUCCCCACAGUGGCCUUGGCCGCUUUCAAUGGCUUCGCCGUUGCUAACCCCGUUCCUGAUGUUGAAGCACGACAGGCCACUGGCCUCCACGCUGCCAUGAAGGCCGCUGGCAAGCAGUACUUCGGUACUGCUCUCACCGUGCGCAAUGACCAGGCAGAGACCAACGUCAUCAACAACAGGAAUGAGAUUGGCUCCAUCACCCCCGAGAACGCCAUGAAGUGGGAGGCCAUCCAGCCCAACCGCGGCCAGUUCAACUGGGGUCCCGCUGACCAGCACGCUGCUGCCGCUACCUCACGAGGCUACGAGCUGCGCUGCCAUACUCUUGUUUGGCACAGCCAGCUCCCAGGAUGGGUUGCCAACGGCAACUGGAACAACCAGACUCUACAGGCUGUGAUGAGAGAUCACAUCAACGCCGUCAUGGGACGUUACCGUGGAAAGUGCACUCACUGGGAUGUUGUCAACGAGGCUCUCAACGAGGAUGGAACUUACCGUGACAGCGUCUUCCUCCGCGUCAUUGGCGAGGCCUACAUCCCCAUCGCCUUCCGCAUGGCCCUGGCAGCAGACCCCACCACCAAGCUCUACUACAACGACUACAACCUCGAGUACGGCAACGCCAAGACCGAGGGAGCCAAGCGCAUCGCCAGACUCGUCAAGUCCUACGGUCUCCGCAUCGACGGCAUCGGUCUGCAGGCUCACAUGACCAGCGAGAGCACUCCUACCCAAAACACCCCUACCCCCUCGCGAGCCAAGCUGGCUUCCGUCCUCCAGGGCCUCGCUGAUCUGGGCGUCGACGUUGCCUACACUGAGCUCGACAUUCGCAUGAACACUCCUGCUACCCAGCAGAAGCUCCAGACCAAUGCCGAUGCAUAUGCCAGAAUCGUUGGCUCUUGCAUGGAUGUUAAGCGAUGCGUUGGUAUCACCGUUUGGGGUAUCUCUGAUAAGUACUCUUGGGUCCCCGGAACUUUCCCCGGUGAGGGAUCUGCUCUCCUUUGGAACGACAACUUCCAGAAGAAGCCCUCGUAUACUUCCACCUUGAACACCAUUAACCGCCGCUAA